ACCAACAAACAGAACAACGAGCUACGAUCUGCUGAGGGAGAAGAAGGAUUGAGAAUGCUGCACGUGUAAAUGAUUUAGACGGAGCCAUGAAUCUGUUGUCGCUCAACUUCUUUUGGCUGCUGACCGUGGUCGCGGGCUCAUCACCGGACUGUCCGCCCCGCAGAUAUGUGUCCCAUCACGAGGCUAAUGCUAAGCUGUUUAAGGAAGACGGCGUGUUCAACUACUCCACCAUGUUGCUGAGAGAAGACCUGGGUCUUCUCAUGCUUGGCGCCAGAGACACGGUGUUUGCUCUCGACCUCAACAACAUCUCCACGAAACGAGCUUCGGUCAGAUGGGAAGCGACAGAGGCGGAGAAGACGGACUGUCAAAAUAAAGGGAAAGAUCCUGAGGACUGCAAGAACUACAUCAAGAUACUGCACAAGAUGGCCGACAACAGGAUGUUUGUUUGUGGCACCAGAGGGUUUGCUCCACAGUGUGACUACAUGACAUUUUCAGAUGGGAUCCUGACUCUGCAGAACAACCGUUUGGAAGGAGCUGAUAAGUGUCCGCAUGAUCCUGAUAAGAGUUUUGCCUCCCUCAUGGACAAUAACACCCUGUACACAGCCGUUUAUAGAACCUUCCGGGGCACUGAACCUCUUCUGAGUCGCUAUCCUGAUGCGAUAUCCCCAAACAAUAUCGGCUUACGCUCUGAAACUAGCCUCUCCAUAUUCAAAGAACCCACAUUUGCAUCCAUGGCUCAGAUCUCACAGAGUGGCAAGGUUUACUUGUUCUUUGGUGAGAAGCCUGUGGAGUGCGACUGCUUCAACAAAAUGGCUGUCUCCCGUGUGGCCCGUGUCUGCAAGGGGGAUCAAGGAGGUCAGAAUAUUUUGCAGAACAGGUGGACAUCCUUCCUGAAGGCCCGAAUUGAUUGUCCAGUGCAGAAUUCUCAGCUGCCAUACAUUAUCCAGGACACUUACCUUUGGUGUGACCCUCAGCAGCAGUCGAGCGGCUGCUUGUUCUACGGCAUCUUUACACCGCAGUCGAACACAUCAGACACAUCUGCUGUGUGUGUGUACCGGGUGUCCGACAUCGACAGGCGGUUUGCAGAGGGGGACUACAAAACUAAAGGCACUGUAUCUAGCACCACGUUUACAAAGUGGAUAAAGAAUACUAGAGCUGUCCCCUCCCCUCGGCCCGGAGCAUGUAUCAACACAUCUUCUCGGCUGCUCCGAGACCAAGCUCUUGAAUUUGUCAGAGCGAAUCCCCUGAUGGACAUGGCCAUCCAGCCAGUUGGACAGGGGCCCCUGCUGGUGCGAAGGGGAGCUACAUUUACACGCAUCAUUGUGAACAUAGUAGAGGCUGCAGAUGGCAACAACUACCAUGUGAUGUUUAUAGGCACAGCGAGCGGCACUAUGCUGAAAGCAGUGAACUAUGAUGGCGAGAUGUUCAUCAUUGAGGAAAUUCAACUGUUUAACCAAGCACCGAUCAGAAGCCUGAAAAUUUCAAAUGUCAUGCUGUAUGCAGGGUCAGACUCCGGAGCAGCACAGAUACCACUGGCCAGUUGUGAGAGGUCCCCAUCCUGCAUGGACUGUGUUCUAGCAAGAGACCCAUACUGUGGCUGGGACGUAGUUGUUGGAAGAUGCGUUGCCAUUUACGAUUCACAAAGAGGGCUCAUCCAAAGUGUCCAAGAAGGAAAUGCCUCUCUUUGCCCAAGUGCAGUUUUGGUUUCAGAUCCCAUUAAACCUAUGCUUCAGUCCACCUGGCCGGGUGGCAACCUGAUGCUCAGCUGCCCUCCACCUUCCAACUUGGCAAAAACUAGGUGGGAGCAUGACAGUAGCUCCGUGAUCCUUUCAGACCGGGUCCAGCAGCUGAAAGACAAGCUGCUCAUUCUCGGCGCUUUAGAGAGCGAUGGGGGUCUGUACCGCUGCCUGGCUGUGGAGAGCUCAAAAAGCCGUGAGCACACAACUGCUGUGGCGGAGUACCAACUCUCAGUCACCCCAGUAGAGCACUGUGUAUCUCAGUGGAAUCAAUGUCUGGGCAUACUGGUGCCCGUAGUGAUUUUGCUAUUUGUCCUUUUGGCUUGGGACUUUCACAAAGGUUACCUGUCUUUACCAUGCAAAUGUGAGAGUCAAAAACAGGACAGAGCCACGAGUCCGACCUGUCCUUGAGAACUCCUAUGAGGACAUAGACUUUGUGACAGGGAAUGUGUUUUAGCCCAUAGCAUUGGGAAGCCUCCCAGUCGUUCUUGGUCCACACAGACACAACUACAAGGAUCAAAUCCCUGCGGAUUCCUUCAUCCACGUCGACCACUUACUCUUUGGCUACAGGAGCUGGACAACGAUGCCUACCUCAGCGACUUCAGAGGGACUGAGAGCUUCAGAGUGUGUUUCAGUGUGGUUGCUCAGACGCGAGAGAAGAGGACAUCACGUCUGACCUCAUCUGAGCUGGACGGUGCUAUGUUUAAUGGCAUACAAGACAGCAGGUUCAGCUUCUGUCUGCAAAGUUGUAUACAUGAUCCUGGAGGUUGACUUGUCCUAUGUAAUUCAGUAUGCCGAGAGCUAAAAUGGUUACGGCAACCCAGUGGUGACCACCUGGGGGGCUCAGGUACUUGUUAGUUUAACAGAAUGUAUAUAGUAUAUGAUGAAUGUUUCCAACAUGGCUCGACCACAUUCCACAUUCUGUGUACGUGUGUUUGGCCCUGGACCAGGAUUGUUCCGUCAAAGAAUCCUACAUGGUGAACAAAACAUUCAGAAGGUCCUGGGUGAGGGUGCAGAAGGUGUGGUGGGCAUGGCCUGUGAUGUGAUAGGUGAGGUUGCCUCAGCUCACACCGUUGCCAGGGAAACAUUAGGAACAUAUCGCCGGCAGGUGACACCACAACAAUUACGUAACUUGACUUUGCCGUUAUUGUACAUACAAUUCGAUAUAAUAUCCGAUCAACAUGACAAACUUUUAAAUGAUCUGCAAUCACACUGCUUCAUCCGUUUAGUUGUAUUUGUGAAGAUUAAAUAUAAUAACAGAGAGAAAGUGAGCUCCUCUUGGUUGUUUUUCAGUGUCAGUAUUAGAAAUGCAGAUUUAUACUCUGUGUACAUGCCUGUGUGUGUGUAUGGGGUGGGGGGGGGGCAGUUAAUCUGUCAGUCCUCCCCCUGCUGGCUAUGAUGAAAUGUGAUUACUGUCAGGGACGUGUUGUUGUUGUUGUUGUUGUGUUGGCGCUGGUUCACCACAGCUCCGUCUCUCUGAUAAACACAGAUGUGGAACACAGACUGAGGCCAAAAGUAUGUGGUCACUAGUGAUUUCACACUCACACACACACACACACACACACACACACACACUUUGUAGUUCCAAGUUAAAAAAAAGAAGGAAAAAGGAAUG